AUGGCGGGACACCUGGCUUCGGAUUUUGCCUUCUCGCCCCCGCCUGGUGGUGGAGGUGAUGGGCCAGGAGGGCCAGAGCUAGGCUGGGUUGACCCUCGGACCUGGCUAAGCUUUCAAGGCCCUCUUGGAGGGCCAGGAAUCGGACCCAGGGUUGGGCCAGGGUCUGAGGUAUGGGGGAUUCCCCCAUCCCCCCCGCCUUAUGAGUUCUGUGGGGGUGGUGUGGCCUACUGUGGACCUCAGGUUGGAGUGGGGCUGGUGCCCCAAGGCAACGUGGAGACCUCUAAGCCCGAGAGCGAGGCAGGAGCUGGAGUGGAGAGUAACUCCGAGGGGGCCUCCCCCGAACCCUGCACUGCUCCCUCUGGUUCUGUGAAGGUGGAGAAGGAGAAGCUGCAGCAAAGCCCUAAGGCGUCUCAGGACAUCAAAACUCUGCACAAAGAACUCGAGCAGUUUGCUAAGCUCCUGAAGCAGAAGAGGAUCACCCUGGGAUAUACCCAGGCUGAUGUGGGCCUGACCCUGGGUGUUCUCUUUGGGAAGGUGUUCAGCCAAACAACCAUCUGCCGUUCUGAGGCCCUGCAGCUCAGUUUCAAGAACAUGUGUAAGCUGCGGCCCCUGCUGCAGAAGUGGGUGGAGGAAGCUGACAACAACGAAAAUCUUCAGGAGAUAUGUAAAGCAGAGACCCUUGUGCAGGCUAGAAAGAGAAAGAGAACAAGUAUCGAGAACCAAGUGAGAGGCAACCUGGAGAACUUGUUCCUGCAAUGCCCAAAACCCACACUGCAGCAGAUCAGCCACAUUGCACAGCAGCUCGGGCUUGAGAAGGAUGUAGUCCGAGUGUGGUUCUGUAACCGCCGCCAGAAGGGCAAGGGAUCAAGCAGUGACUAUUCACAACGGGAGGAGUUUGAGGCUGCUGGGUCUCCUUUCUCAGGGGGACCCAUGUCCUUUCCUCUGGCUGCAGGGCCCCAUUUUGGUAUCCCAGGCUAUGGGAGCCCUCACUUCACCACGCUGUACUCCUCAGUCCCUUUCUCCGAGGGGGAAGCCUUUCCCUCCGUCUCUGUCAGCACUCUGGGCUCUCCUAUGCAUUCAAACUAAAGUGUCAGCCCUUCUAGGAAUGGGGAGGGACAUGAAUCCAGGAGAAGCUAGAGAAGGAGAACCUGGAGUUUGUACCACGGCUUUUUGGAUUAAAUUCUUUAAUCACUAAGGAAGGAAUAGGGAACACAAAGGGUGGGGGCAGGGAGUAUUGGGAGAGCUGGAUGGAAGGAAGGUGAAGUUCAAUUAUGCUCUUGAUUUUAACCCCCACAUCACUCUUCACUUUGUUAUUAAAUAAAGCCUGGGACACAGUAAAAAACAAAC